AUGGCUAUCGAUUUGGUUUUGGCUUAUGAACAAGAAAUGGAUCGUUUACAUGAUUUUAUUGAACAACAUAAAGAAGCAGCCACAAAUGAAACAUUAAAUGACGAAGAAUUAAAACAGUAUCUUGAUGCUGUUGGCCAACAUCAUCUCUUACAAUUGUGGGUCGACAAACUCAAACAGGAACGUAAUCGUCGUAAUAUUCACUAG